AUGUCGAACAUUUACAAUCAUAGGCAAAUUGUUCCCGGUGGUGCAGGUGGAACAAGUAGAGUUAAUGAGCUCUUGGAAGCUCUAAAACAAGAAUUUGACACCCUUCAACAAGAAGCAGCAAUGUAUAAAAUGCAACGAGAUGACCUUGAACACAAAGUCCAACAACAGACUGAUGAAGUUAAUCUUAUUCGUCAAGGAUUAUACGAUUUACAAAAUACACAGAAGAACAUAAAAGCACAAUACGACAGUGAAAUGCGCGCUCUUCAGCGUCAAAGUAAUAUAUUUGGUGCAAUCAUGAGCGGUGGUGGUGGUCAACAAGUUCUUGUAGCCCCACCUCAAAUGUCUUUAGAUCCUUCUCAGCAACCCCCACCAGGCGGUCAAGGUCAUCCUGGUGCUUAUCCUGGUCCAGGUGGCCCUCCACAAAGCGUUUCUCAAUCUGGUGGUAGUUCCGCACCAUCUCCAUAUUUGAAUGGUGGUGGUCCACCACCAACUUUGUCACAGCAACAUGCACCCAAACGACAGCGUAUGGAAGAGAAUGGACCUCCAAGUGGUCCUCAGGGUCCUAUGGGACUCCCACCUAAUUCUCAACAACCUCCUUCGGGUAUUUAUGGUAGUAAUGGAAUUCCACCCGGUCCAUCAAGUCAACAAUCAUUAAAUCAAGGAAGUUAUAUUUCAAACGUCGGUCAAAGCAGUAAACCUGUUAAUAAAAUGCCCAAGUUAAUACCGCAGAUGCCUCAGAAUCUUGGACCUGAAGGUCCUCAAAGUUCCGGAGUUCCUCCUAAUGGUAAUGCUCCACCUUCUGGUCCUCAAUCUAAUAAACGUAAAAAUAAUCCUAAUAUGGGCCCAUUACCGCCCGGUAAUCGUCCACCUACUAAACAAGGUUCACUUAGUGGCGCUCAACCUGGAUUAGGCGAUAUGGAUCCCGAAACUGUUCCCGCUCAAUUGAAGAGAGAGGGUGGCGAUUGGUUUGCCAUGUAUGUUUCUCUAUUUGGUACUUUUAACGAAGCGAUUUGUUUCAACCCUAAAGUUCCGCGCGUUCUCGAUGUCGAAUUAAUUCACACAUUGGACCAUUCAAGUGUGGUCUGUUGUGUAAAAUUCAGUGCCGACGGAAAAUACCUUGCUACUGGUUGCAAUAGAAUUGCUCAAAUUUAUGAUGUUAAUUCCGGCCAAAAAAUCUGCGUUUUGGAUGAUACCAAUGUUGACAAAUCCGGCGACUUAUAUAUCCGCAGUGUAUGCUUUAGUCCCGACGGAAAAUAUUUGGCGACUGGUGCUGAGGAUAAACAAAUCAGGAUCUGGGACAUUCAUACUCAAACCAUCCGAAAAUUCUUCCCUGGUCACGAACAAGAUAUAUAUUCACUUGACUUCUCACGUGAUGGUCGUUUCAUUGUUUCCGGGUCAGGUGACAAGACAGCACGCGUCUGGGACAUGGUAUCUGGAGAAUUGUUAUACAAACUUUCAAUCGAUGAACCCAGUCAAAAGGAUGCUGGUGUUACCAGUGUCGCCAUAAGCCCCGAUGCUCUUUACGUUGCCGCAGGUUCAUUGGAUAAGAUAGUGCGAGUGUGGGAUGCACGAACGGGAUAUCUUCUUGAAAGAUUGGAAGGUCAUAAGGAUAGUGUUUAUUCCGUAGCGUUUGCACCUGAUGGUAAGACAUUGGUAUCUGGUAGCUUAGAUAAGACUCUAAAAUUAUGGGACAUGAGUAAUCCCGGAAGGAAUAAUAACGGAUCUGGUCAAAAGAAUCAAUCAAAGACAACAUUUACCGGACACAAGGUAUCUAUCUUAUUUGUUUAUAAUUUCCUUGAAAGAAUGGCUGUUUCACCCGAUGGUCGUUGGGUAGUAUCUGGAUCAAAAGAUCGAGGAGUACAGUUUUGGGAUCCUCAAACGGCACAAACACAAUUCAUGUUACAAGGACACAAAAACUCAGUAAUUUCGGUAGCUCUAAGUCAAACUGGUAAACUUUUUGCCACUGGCUCUGGCGAUUGUCGAGCAAGAGUGUGGCGGUAUCAUGAUGAUGUUUAA